GUGGCCAAGCCCCAGAAAAAAUUUCCUGUCAUGUAUUUCUCUUCUUUUGAUCCAAUAUCCUGUCACUCAAAUUCAAAUUUGAGAGCAGGAAAACUUGGGCUGCAACUUGAGAGUAAAUUACGUUUACACACAGCAAGUUCAUUUUUUGUGCACCUGUACUCUUGAGCACGUGCUUUUCUCCAAGUACACGGUACCUCCCACCACUGCAAGUUGCGCACGUAACCCCAAGUACCUUAAACAUGCACCCUCCCGCAGCCACAACGGCCCUGGCCCGGUCGUGUGCCUCAGUGGCUUCCACAUUGGUCAGGGGUCGCGCGAUCAACUUGCCCAGGACACAACAGCCAUGCCGCACUUUGAGCAGCAUCGCAGUCUCGCCGGCAAGGCCUUCAAACCACCCAGACCAGGUGUCUACUGCAGCCUCGCAGAAACCACAACAACAGCAACAAUGCAGACAUAGCUCGCAUUCCCCAAUGGGCGCACCUAUUGCCAACCAGCGCAAGAAGGUAACCCUCGGCACCCUGCGUUCCCUCUACAAAAAAGGGGAACCAAUCACUGUCAUGACGGCGCAUGACUUUCCCAGCGCCCAUGUCGCCGAUGCUGCCGGCAUGGACAUCAUCCUCGUGGGCGACAGCCUGGCCAUGGUUGCCCUGGGUAUGGAGGAUACCAGCGAGGUCGUGUUGGACGAGAUGUUGCUGCACUGCCGUUCGGUCGCAAGGGCCACAAAAUCCGCAUUCACUAUUGGCGACCUUCCUAUGGGCUCCUAUGAGGUCUCACCCGAACAGGCCCUUCAGACAGCUAUUCGCUUCGUUAAGGAAGGCCGGGUGCAGGGCAUUAAGAUCGAAGGCGGCCGAGAGAUGGCACCGACGAUCCGCAAAAUCACCGGUGCUGGCAUUCCCGUCCUGGGCCACAUUGGCCUGACCCCCCAACGCCAACACUCGCUGGGUGGGUUCCGAGUCCAAGGCAAAACAUCUGCUGCUGCCCAAUCCCUCCUGCAAGAUGCCCUCGCAGUUCAGGAAGCCGGGUGCUUUGCAACAGUCGUCGAAGCUGUCCCCGCUGAGGUUUCUGCCCUUUUAACCAAGAAGCUGUCCAUACCUACGAUUGGUAUCGGCGCGGGCAAUGGCUGUUCCGGACAGGUUCUGGUGCAGAUUGAUAUGACGGGGAACUUCCCACCCGGUCGCUUCCUACCCAAGUUCGUCAAGAAGUACGGAGAUGUUUGGGGAGAGUCGAUGAGGGCGAUCGAGGCUUAUCGGGAUGAGGUUAAGAGCAGAGCCUAUCCUGGCCCUGAGCAUACGUAUCCGAUGCCGAGCGAAGAGCUGGCUGCGUUCAAAGCCGUGAUCGAGGGCGAGAAGAGCUUGGAAUAGACUCGAGAGGCGUUGCUGCGCGUGAUUACCUUAAUAGCGUUGGAGUUGCGUGUUAGUAUGUAAGGAUUGUGCUUGCAUGGAGCGGCAUUAUUUAGAUUUGCAUGCAUAUACCUUGUUUUGCGGCCAUUUACAUGCGUCGAUGCGCCGAUCAGCCUGUCUAUAGUCGCGGGAAGGCAAAGAUAUAGGCGUUUAAUAGACCAUCUUAGCAGG